CCGUAUUUCCAUCCGCUGAUAUCUGAACGGUCUCCUCAGACCGGAGCGCGUGUGUUUGUUUGUUCCCUUCCGAUGCCUUGAUAUGAUUUGUGCUCCCGCUUUAGGACUUCGAGGGUCACCACGACCUGCAGAAGAGGAGAGAGCCAACGUGUGGCUAUGGCGUCUAACAGUCUUUUCAGCUCGGUGACUCCGUGUCAGCAGAACUUUUUCUGGGAUCCGAGCACCAGCCGCAGGUUCAGUCCGCCGUCCAGCAGCCUUCAGCCGGUGGCGGGGAAGAUGAGCGAUGCGCAGCCGGAGCCGAACGCGGUGGUGCCGAGACUCCGACCUCACGACAACCGGACCAUGGUGGAGAUCAUAGCGGACCACCCCGCCGAGCUCGUGCGCACGGACAGCCCCAACUUUCUGUGCUCGGUGCUGCCGUCUCACUGGAGGUGCAACAAAACGCUCCCUGUGGCGUUUAAGGUUGUGGCUCUGGGAGAUGUUCCUGACGGGACGGUGGUGACGGUAAUGGCUGGAAAUGACGAAAACUAUUCGGCUGAGCUGAGAAACGCCUCCGCUGUCAUGAAGAAUCAGGUGGCGCGUUUCAACGACCUGAGAUUUGUUGGCAGAAGUGGAAGAGGAAAGAGCUUCACGCUGACAAUCACAGUAUUCACGAACCCACCGCAAGUGGCCACUUACCACCGAGCCAUAAAGGUCACAGUGGACGGACCGCGCGAGCCGCGAAGACACAGACAGAAACUGGAAGACCCCCCUAAACCGCCGCUGUUCUCCGAGCGCCUGAGCGAAUUAGAGCGUUUACGCCAGACCACCAUGAGAGUCGCUGUGCAAACCCAGAGUCCCCGGCCGUCUCUCAACGCCACGCCGAACUCCUUCAAUCCACAGGGGCAAACGCAGAUCUCAGACCCUCGGCAGGUUCAAUCCUCUCCGCCCUGGUCCUAUGAGCAGCCCUAUCCUCCAUACCUGAGCCAAAUGACGUCUCCCUCCAUCCACUCCACCACCCCGCUGUCCUCCACCCGUGCCACCGGCCUGCCCACCAUCAGCGACGUGCCACGACGCCUCUCAGGUACGUCAGAACUCAGUCCUUUCUCAGCCGACCCCCGCCAGUUUGAGCGUCAAUUCCCAAGCCUGUCGUCCCUCACAGACAGCCGCUUUCCCAGUCCCAGAAUGCACUAUCCAGCAACAUUCACCUACACCCCAACACCGGUGACCUCCGGCAUGUCUCUGGGCAUGUCCACCACCACCCACUACCACACAUACCUGCCUCCACCGUACCCCGGAUCCACCCAGAACCAAAGUGGGCCCUUCCAAACCAGCAGCACACCAUAUCUCUACUACGGCGCCUCAUCCGGGUCAUACCAAUUCUCGAUGGUGCCAGGGGGUGAUCGGUCCCCAUCCAGGAUGCUUCCACCUUGCACUAGCGCAUCCACCGGCAGCACCCUCAUCAACCCCAACCUGCCCAAUCAGACGGAUGGAGGUGAGGCGGACGGCAGCCACAGCAGCUCUCCAACUGUGCUCAACUCCAGUGGCAGGAUGGAUGAGUCCGUGUGGCGGCCAUAUUGAGAUGCUCUGGUUGAACAAAACCUCAAUGCAGCACUGUUAGCCUUAAAGACAGAGUGUUAGAAAUGAGGAUGAUCCGAUUUGAAGCACAAA